GCUCUUGCUUUUGCCGGGGAAAGAAAACACCGGGCGUCUGCAUGUGUGCGUGUGUGCGCGCUCACUAGCUGACAAGAUACCGCUCCGUAGCGGCUGGUAUUUGAGCUCACGGAGGCUCAGCGGUGUGCUGUCGGAGUCGGUCUUGGAUACAGCUGUUGCUCUGGUGAGGCAAAAGGAAGCAAAGAAAGCAAACUCGGAAAUGCUGGCUCGGGUUUAAUGUGUUCCCAGUAAUUGCAGAGUCAAGAAUAAUCCAUUCAAAAGCACUCAGAUUAAAUAUUUGAGGAUGACUGCUUGAAGAGGAGGCACUUGGCUCCAGCAUGUCCCUCUGUGCAUCAUCUCACAAGGAAUUUUCGCAGUUGCCACCAGUCCAAGAUCUCGGAUGUACCAAAACAGAAGUGAAAAGCUCCCUCUCCGAGCUGGUCUCUCCUGUCCCUUUCAGCUGCAGCCAGUCUGCUUUGAGCGUAGAGCACAGCCCAAUUUACAUACCAUCCUCUUAUAUGGAAAACAGGCAUGAGUAUCCGGCCAUGACCUUCUACACCCCCGCUAUGAUGAACUACAGCAUUCCAAGCACUUUCGGCGACUCGGAAAGUGCCUCUCUCAGACAGUCGGCCAGCCCAAGCAUGUUAUGGUCUGGUUCUGACCACAUCUCUCCUUUGACUUUACACUGCCAGUCGUCCGUUUUAUAUGCAGAGCAACCAAAAAGCCCGUGGUGCGAAGCGAGACCCGGGGAUCAUGUCCUUCCUAUGCACAGAGAAACGCUGAAAAGAAAAGCCAACAGCAACGACUGUACCAGCCCCUCCACAAACAGCCCCGUCUCGAAAAGGGAUGCCCAUUUCUGUGCUGUGUGCAGCGAUUAUGCCUCAGGAUAUCACUAUGGCGUUUGGUCAUGUGAGGGCUGCAAAGCGUUCUUCAAAAGAAGCAUUCAAGGACACAACGAUUAUAUUUGCCCAGCGACGAAUCAGUGCACGAUAGAUAAAAACAGACGCAAAAGCUGCCAAGCGUGCCGACUCCGGAAAUGCUACGAAGUCGGGAUGAUGAAAUGUGGUUCAAGAAGAGAGCGCUGUGGCUACCGCAUAAUUCGGCGCCACCGUAACUCGGACGAUCCAGUGCACUGCGUAGGCAAAGUUAAGAAGAACAAUGAAGCCAUAAUUCAAGUAAAAGAACUGCUGGUCAAUGCACUGACCCCGGAACAGUUCGUUUCCAUAUUACUUGAAGCCGAGCCGCCAAAUGUUUUGGUGAGCCGCCCCAGCAAACCGUUUACAGAAGCCUCCAUGAUGAUGUCGCUGACGAAGCUUGCAGACAAGGAACUGGUCCACAUGAUUGGCUGGGCCAAAAAGAUUCCUGGCUUUAUAGAACUCAGUCUGUUCGAUCAAGUAAGGCUUUUGGAAAGCUGUUGGCUCGAAGUGUUGAUGGUGGGUUUGAUGUGGAGAUCCAUUGAUCACCCUGGCAAGCUCAUCUUCGCGCCAGAUCUCAUACUCGACAGGGAUGAAGGGAAAUGUGUGGAAGGAAUUUUGGAAAUCUUUGACAUGCUCUUGGCGACGACUUCAAGGCUCCGGGAGCUGAAAUUGCAGCACAAGGAAUAUAUUUGUGUCAAGGCCAUGAUCCUCCUCAAUUCCAAUAUGUUUCCACUCUCCUCUGCUGCAGAAGAGCCCGAGAGCAACAGGAAACUGAGUCACCUGCUGAACUCCGUGACGGACGCCUUGGUGUGGGUCAUUGCAAAGAGCGGGGUCCCUUUGGCCCAACAGACAACACGCUUGGCGAACUUGCUGAUGCUGCUCUCACAUGUCCGGCACGCAAGUAACAAAGGGAUGGAGCACCUUCUGAGCAUGAAGUGCAAGAAUGUUGUUCCCGUCUAUGACCUACUGCUGGAGAUGCUCAACGCUCACACCAUCCGGAACAACAGAAAAACCUCUGCCUCCAAUAUCGAGGUCAGCCCAUCAGAACAAACUGAGAGCACAGAUGGACCUCAGCAGUGAUUUCGUACUGGAAUGGGAGCCCAGGGAAGCACCAAGAAAUCAGUCCCAAGAUUCAAGGUGUGGGUGUUUGCUCUAAAAGAAAGAAGGCACAAAUCUUGAUCUCUCUCUCUCUCUCGCCUGGAGUUUUUUUAAUGGGAUUGUACGCUAAUCUUUUUACACUGCAGUAUGUCUUGGAAAAGCCUCAUGGGGUUGGAAUGGAAGAAUCUGCUGGUGAAUGUAGCUUUAUCAUCAACUCUGCACUUCUGGAGUGCCUUUUAGAGGAGACUGUUGAAGUGCCGUAUGCGCCUUAAGCUUCAUGGUUAUCCUAGUUGGGUGGCAGAGCACAUUUUUUUGUAGAAAGAAGGAGGUUGGGUGAUGCACAGAUCUAGGGUUCCAAUGCAA